UCUGGGAUGUCAGAACCCUACCAUCGUUGGGCUGGAUAAUUCAAUGAGCAAUUCCACUUGCUUGGACGCCUGUAACUGUGACAGUGCGGAAUACCUUCCCGUCUGCGGUUCGGAUAAUAGGAAUUACCUGACGCCCUGUCAUGCCGGAUGUGGACAGAGUAUUCAAGGACCAGAGGGUUUUACGUACUCCAACUGCACGUGUAUCGAGGGGGGAGGGACGGCCACCCCCGGGCUGUGUAAGACGGAUUGUGAGAUGUUCUGGCCUUUCCUGAUCGUCAACACCGUGUCCUCGUUAAUCGUUUCCAUCUGCAUCGUCCCCAGUAUUAUGUUCAGUGUCAGGUGCGUGUCAGACGAAGAUAAAUCGGUGGCUGUUGGCGUAUCCUCCCUCUUCCAGACAACUUUUGGCUGGAUGAUCGGACCGGUUAUAACUGGUAAAAUUAUAGACACGUGCUGCAAACUCUGGAGCUCGAGUUGUUAUGGAAAGGGCGCAUGCGCAUUAUACGACAUAGAGGACUUCCGCUUUAAAAAGUACUCUGUGGAAAUCAUCGCUAAAUGUAUAGUAGUUUUGUUUUAUGGGGUUGUUAUAUGGAUUUCUAGAAACAGAACGGACUGGAGUACAGACGAUGAAGAGAAAAAUGACCUCCCGGAGAAAGAGGAACUCAUGGUCGGAUCAGAGAAAACUAAACUGAAAUUCGAGAUUAGUGAUCCGAUCGUGAAAAACAGAAAAUCUUAAGUCUUAGAUAAUUUAGCGUGUAUAAAAAACCUUAUCCAGCCAUAACUCAAGAUUUUUGGAUUUCGUUGCAAAACCAUGUACAAAAGGAAAAGGUACACAAUCAUUUUAGCGGUAUUGUGCUAAGUUUACCAACGAGACUCGAGAAAUGGCGGAACUAGCAGGGAAGAAGAAAAUGGAAUGAUACAGAUAAAUGUUACACGAAGUCUCGUUUUAUAGAAACAAGCUAAUUCUGACUGCAUAUGAAAUUAUUACGUAUAUAUAUAUAUUUAAACAAAGAAGUAUUUAGAAAGAGCAAGAAAGUUCUCUAAACUGUUAUAUGUAAAUGAAUAUAUAUAACGUUUGUUUUAAUUCUAAGCAUUGGCUUAUUCUGACCUGACAGAAAAAUUUGAGUUGAGGAGUACAUGUUGUACAGCCUUAGAGAAAUUCCCAAGCAAGCCAAAAAAGGGAAGGGCUCCUUUAACUUAUUUUGGAAGAGGAAAAAUAUAAUAAACUUACUUUCCAUAUUCUGACAAAUGGAAUGAUCUUUGUUUUCUUCUAUAAGUAUAUCAUGUAUAUGUCAGAAAAAUAAUUUGGGGCGGGGUAAAAUGGGAGUUAUACUGAUUAAAGGGUUAAGAAUGUUACACACAGGGAAUAAAAAAAACUUAUGUUUUAGCAAACAUAUUUUUCAAUGAUCAUGACGAAAAAUAUAUGUAUAUUUUAUUAAAGUUUUACAAGUUUUACUGUGUCAUAUAUAGAAACUUUGUAUGAUACUACAUCAAGCACAGAUUAGAUAUGUUCAUGUACUCGUAUUUUUCGUACUUGAAAGGAAUUACUUUCACAGAAGUUAUGCAUAGGAAAUUAUUUUAUAAAGUGUUCUUUUGAUAUACCAAAGACUAUUUUUG